ACGAGCUAUAUAUAUGGAGGCCGCUUCUGGAGGCCUGGCAAACACUCUUGGAUUGUACUCGGAUAGAUUCACUUCCUCUGCUCGGAGAAAAUACAAACAGCAAUCAUGGUGAAGAAGUUUUCUGUGGACUGGCUCGCUCAAAGCUUUCAUGAUUCGGCGCCUCAAGCAGUUCUGGAGCCGGAGAAAAAGACGCACAGGCCUCACGUGCCGUGUGUGGUUCAGCCGAGACCCCCGACGUCUUAUGACAAGGUUUAUUUGCAGCCAAAACCAAAGGUCACCAAAGCUGAACAGAAACCAGAAUCCAACAAAGAAGCCAUAACUCCGGCUGCACCAAGAAAUUGCUCAUCUCCAAGCUUUUCAGAAAACAGCGGUUAUUCAUCCGGUUAUGAGAGUGAAGCGGCCGCGUCUGAAUGCGCGUCAGUCGAAGAUGGAAACGACGUGGAGAAAGAUGGCGCGACGCGCAGAAUCAGAACCAAAUUCACACCGGAACAGAUCGACAAGCUUGAAAAAAUCUUCAACAAGCACAAAUAUCUGGAUGCGGGAGAGAGAGUGAAAACAGCCCUGAAGCUCAAUCUGUCAGAAACACAGGUCAGAACCUGGUUCCAGAACCGCAGGAUGAAGCUGAAGCGCGAGGUGCAGGAGAUGCGCGCGGACUAUCUGCUGCCUCCGAUGGUUCUGCCGCACGUGCACCCGGUUCAGUACCACUGCUACGACAGACAGCGACUUCCGUUUCCUCAAGGCCCUCUGAUGCAUCAGAUCCCGUCGCAGCAGCACAUGAUGCCACAUCUUCCUCAUCAUCACCUCAUGAUGCCAAGGCAACAUUACUACUGAAGACGCGUUUAAAGACUCUUUGCUUUAAAACACUUAAAUCACAUUCUGUGUGCAAUAUCUGUACAGUUUGUAAAAAAAUUAUAGCGAGGUAAAUGUUUAAGUAAAAAGAAGAGUUUAUUUAUGAAAUAAAGUAUG